AAAGAUGACGUAUAAACAAUUUUGGGUAAAUUCGCCGAAACACUGGUUGUUUUGUAGAGUGGUGAAGUGAAGUCUGGGUUACCGCUGUCUGCCCCGUUUUUCCCAACAUUCGAUGCAGUUUCCUCAGUAAUUUCGAGCGGACAGAUAGAGAGCGAACGAUUGAGCAGCAUAUACGGGGUCGUCAUGCAGCUACGGUACGCUCGGGUCGGUGCGGCCGCAUCGCUGCUGGCCCUGGUGAUGGUGCUGCAAGCGAUACCUCCAACUAGCGGCCACGGUUGGGGCUCGGAAGAUAUGGAACUGUUCGAUCUGGUCGAGGAGGUGAAUGAAAAUUUCUACACCCUGCUAAACAUCAACCAGACGGCAACGCUGGCCGAAAUAAAGCGCGCGUUCCGGACACUCUCGGUGGUGCUACAUCCGGACAAGAACGAUGCGGAGGAUGCGAAUAUUCGGUUCCGCAACCUGGUCUCGGUGUACGAAAUUCUAAAGGACCCGGGAAAGCGCGAAAAGUACGACAAGGUGCUGAAGGAGGGUAUGCCGAACUGGAAGUCGGCACUGUACUACUACCGGCACGUCCGGAAGAUGGGUAUGGUCGAGAGCGCUACCAUAUUGUUUGUCGUCAUCACCGUGAUGCAGUACUUCGUCGCUUGGGCGGCGUAUAUUGAGAAGAAAUAUACAGCGGAACAAAUUGUAGGAAGUAAGCUCAAAAAGCUAAACAAGAAGAAACAGACCAACGUACAGCUGGAAGAGCUGAUCAGUGAAAUCCCUUUGCCUAGCAUUAAGAACACGCUACCGUGCCAAAUUCCGGUGUGGGUUUGGAACACCGUAACAGGUACGCCCGCUGCCAUUCGCAUGAUGUUCGAGCUUUAUUCGCAGCAGAAGAAACAGAAGGAGGAGGAAUUGCAACGCGAGAAGGAGGAGAUCGAACUGCAAGCAUCGCUCGAAGAGCAACGGGCAAGGGAUAAAGAAAACCGCAUCCUACGUAAACGAUCGAAAAAAAUGAUUGUGCCGGAGAAAACGGACGAAGAACUGGCCGCGUACAGUCAGCGCAUUACCAAACCUUCGGCUGACGGUGCCACAGACAAGAGCGCACACACACCUUUGCCCCAGUCGGGCGGUCUCUGGACAGAGGACGAUCUAACAGAGCUAGUGCGGCUGGUAAAGAAAUACCCGGGCGGUACCAGCAACCGGUGGGAAGUAAUAGCGGAGCUAAUGCAGCGAAGUGUUGAGGAAAUUACCUACAUGGCAGCAAAGAUGAAAGAUUGUGGGUACCGGCUUCCCCACCAGUCCAACGGUACGAAUGCGUCCGAUGCGGGACAGCCAGCCCAAGGUGUAACCACCGCCAAGGUGAAGACGAAAACACGCGACAGCGGUCCGACCGAAACGGCAACCAGCAACUGGACACAGCAACAGCAGCAAGCGCUCGAGGUUGCGAUACAAAAGUACCCGAAAUCGGCUAACUACGACCGGUGGCAGAAGAUAGCGAACAGUGUGCCGGGCAAAUCGAAGGAAGAGUGUGUCGCCCGGUACAAAUAUUUGGUGGAGCUGGUAAAGAAGCAGAAAAGUGCCAACCCGGCGGAUGAAACGGCGCAGGAGAAUAAACCGGCGGACGAACCUACACUGAAGGAGGAUGAGAAAGGUGCGCACGAGGGAGGUGUCGUUGCACCGUCGCACAGUGAGGAUGCAGUGGAGGACGAUGAUGGUGUAUCGCAAACAGCAGCAGCAGCAGCAGCGGGUGGAAAGAGCCAGUCUAAGAGUAAACGACGGGAGCGUAAGAAAGCGAAAGCUUAUUACAGCUAUUCGGACGAUUCGGAUAUGUCCAACGAAGUUGAAGAAAUAUAAGGGAGAAGAAAAAAAAAACCCACAACUUGCCACCCAUCGGCUAUGGGGGAACAAAAAAAAAAAUAGACGUGCGAAGCGAAAUGUAACGACUCUUAGCAUGUGGUUUUUCUUCCGUUCUUGAAACUCGUUCUUACUUCUCUCUCCGGGUCUGUCUUUUCUCUCUUCGAUGCAUGAAUGUUGUUAUUGUUUUGAAGCGUGGUAGAAUAAAUAAUGUAUAAGAAGCCGGUCAUACGAGCGAGAAUAACCAA